AUGCCUAAGAAGGGCUUCAAUCUGAAUUGGUCCUACACCACGAAUUGUCGCUCAGACCCAUCACCCGAACCAAAUGUUUCCACAUUCAUGGGGAGGAGCAUGACCGGACCUUUUGAAGACGAAGUAGUGCCGGGUUUUCGGCCAGAUAGAGCUCCCAUGUACAAGUCAGCUCUAGGAUGGAAAUCUGAUUCUAUUUUGGGUCCUAAUUCGGAACCGAAGGAGGAUCCCGAAGAAGAAGAAAUUCGUUAUCUUGACGAAACCCACAAUACGAUUGAGGUCUUGGAUAAAACAUCAGAUACUGUUGUUUUUGAGAUGAAUGAUAUCUGGGGAUGGAUCUACAUUAGGUGCAACACAAAAGAGGCACAGAAAUUUGUGAAAGAACAUGUUGAGUCGUCUUUUGAUUACGAAUUCGGAUUGGUCCAUCACGAAGAGAAGCGAAGGCAAGUGGAUUCCUCGCGUGGGACUAGCCUGAUAAGGCGCACUGGUGCUGGCACCGGCACCGGCCCCAAUGAUGGGCCUUAUGCGGUUGCUACCCUUUUUGAGUUGCAAAAUGGGUCAGGCGAAACUAUUGCAAAAGCCCUUUGUGCUUAUUGCAACUUGAAUUUGGAAAAUCCCGGCCCUACAAUUGAAUUGUUUGAGGUUGCCGGAGGGUUCCGACGCAAAGGAUAUGGAAAGCUUUUGCUCAAACACAUCACCGAUUACUUUGAAGAAACCUUUUGUGAUGACAUGUGCAAGUUUGACGGCAAUGUCCGUUUCAAUGUGUGCUACUGCACAAGUAGUCAUGCAGCUAAUUGGUUUAUGCGCCAAGGAUUCAGGCAAUGGGAUGAAUUUGGCGAGGAAUUUGGGAAAUACUUGGCUUUUGAUUGA